AUGGCACGUCUCACUAUCCCGUCUCCUCCUCAGACACAAGGUCUCUCAUCUAAGACUUUUUGCCCGCCUCCGCUCGAUGGUUCCCUAUUGUUCGGCCAAAUAUCCGAGUGGCAUGAACAGCACUCUCCGCAUCAUCGACUCUUCACAUAUGUUGACGAUACUGAUCGGAUUCAAGAUAUAACUUGGUCUGAUGCAGCCAGGGCUAUUCGUGCUGGUGCAUGGCUAGCUAGAGAAUGUGUACCUUGGAAGCAAGAGAUGGGAAAGGCUCCCAUUAUCGGUAUUCUUGCUGCCUCAGACACUAUACCAUAUGCUACUAUGGUCAUGGGCAUUGUCCAUGCAGGUUAUGUCGCAUUCAUUAUCUCUAUCCGCAACUCCCCAGCAGCAGUAGCUCACCUGUUGAACAAUGUUGAGGUUAACCAUGUUCUAGUUGGACGGGAACAGGCGUCGCAAGAUUUGAUACAAGAGGCCAUCGUAAUGCUCAAGUCGCAGUAUUCAAGUGCAGGCAUACCUAGUGUUUCGGCAAUGCCGGUCUAUGAAGACCUUUACUCACCGCUAUCUGUGCCUUCGCUUGCCGAUGAACUUCCGUGUUCGCUUCUGAGCCUGGACGCGCCCACUCUCAUUCUACAUUCAUCAGGUUCCACUGCAUUCCCGAAGCCCAUUAUCUAUACGAACCGUCGCGUCCUUGAACUUGGGACCACGCCAUAUUAUGGCGAGCUUGAUAUCACCGGCUUAGUAUUUUCCAUCCACAUGAUGCCUAUGUUCCAUAGCAUUGGUAUCAUGCAUGUGAUUUUAGGUGCCUCAUGCGGUAUCGUCACUGCUGUUUUCGCGCCCAAGUCUCCGCCGGCCGCUCCUACCACAGAGACAGUAUUCCAAGGGGCCAAGGCGUGUGGCUGUGACAUAAUCAUUGUGACUCCAGCAUUUGUUGAGUGUGCUUUGGAGUCUUGGUCGCGCAACCCCGAAUAUGUCGCCUGGCUUGCGACGCUGAAGUUUUUGUGGUUUGGCGGUGGCCCACUUAAUAAGGAGGUUGGAGACUUCCUGUCUUCCCAAGGAGUGUCUCUUUGCAUGGGCUAUGGCUUAACCGAAGCUGGUUGUAUAAGUGUAUUCAUACCAGCCAGGUCCUAUCCCGAUUGGGAAUACAUACCUUUCAAUCCGGCUAUUACCGCGCACAUGUUGCCCCAAGGCGACGGCACAUAUGAGCUCAUAGUAUUGGCGAGUGAGCGGGACCACCCGUGCCUCAUUAAUACCCAAGUUGACGGAGUCGACGCAUACUCUACUUCGGAUCGUCUUGCACCACAUCCUUCUCUUCCCGGAUUUUGGAGGAUUGUGGGUCGUACAGACGAUCAAAUUAUGCAUAGCACAGGAGAAAAGGCGAGUGUUGUUUGCGUGUCAAAUGCUUUGAUAAAUUAA